ACCCUCUCCCUCCAGCAGAGUGUCACCUCCUGCUUUAGGACCAACAAGCUCUGCUAACUGGACCUCACUCUGCCUGCAGGACCACAGAGCAAGUCUUUCUCUCUUACCCACCUUGCCUGGGAAUAUAUCUCUUCAUCGGAUUGCAGAAAAUCAAAUUCUAUCCUAAGAAUAUUUCACCAAGAAUUUCCUCAGGAGCUGUGCUGGGUCAUGACCCCUGGAUUUAAGAAAUUAUUCAAGACAUUGUCAAAUAUGAUCCAAGAGAAAAUGUGAUUUGAGUCUGGAGACAAUUGUGCAUAUCAACUACAAUAAAAACCCACUAUAGCUGAUAGAAGAGAAGGCAUUAAUCAGAAGAGUGCUACAAUUAAAAAGAGAAACUCCUUCUAGUUCAAUUUAUAUUGUAUUCAUUUUUGCUUUAAGAAUGGAGAAAAAGUGUAUCCUAUAUUUUCUGUUUGUAUUGCCUUGUUUUAUGAAUUUUGCCGUAGCAGAAUCAGAAGAAAACCCUGAAAACUUAACUCAGCUGAGUGUCACUAGAAAUAAAAUCAUGACGGCUCAGUAUGAAUGCUAUCAAAAAAUCAUGCAAGAUCCCAUUCAACAAACAGAAGGAAUUUACUGCAACAGAACCUGGGAUGGGUGGUUGUGCUGGAACGAUGUGCCUGCAGGGACUGAGUCGAUGCAGCACUGCCCUGAUUACUUCCAGGACUUUGAUCCUUCAGAAAAAGUCACAAAAAUCUGUGACCAAGAUGGAAAUUGGUUUAAACAUCCAGAAAGCAACAAAACAUGGACAAAUUAUACCCAGUGUAAUGUUAACACACAUGAGAAAGUGAAGACGGCACUGAAUUUGUUUUACCUGACUAUAAUUGGACAUGGAUUAUCUAUUGCAUCACUGCUUAUCUCACUUGGCAUAUUCUUUUAUUUCAAGAGCCUAAGUUGCCAAAGGAUUACCUUGCACAAAAACUUGUUCUUCUCUUUUGUUUGCAAUUCUAUUGUGACAAUCAUUCAUUUCACUGCAGUGGCCAACAACCAGGCUUUAGUAGCUACCAAUCCUAUUAGUUGUAAAGUAUCACAGUUCAUUCAUCUUUACCUGAUGGGGUGUAACUACUUUUGGAUGCUUUGUGAAGGCAUUUACCUGCACACACUCAUUGUGGUGGCAGUGUUCGCAGAGAAGCAACACUUGAUGUGGUAUUACUUUCUUGGAUGGGGAUUUCCACUGAUUCCUGCUUGCAUACAUGCUGUUGCCAGAUGUUUGUACUACAAUGACAACUGCUGGAUCAGUUCUGAUACUCACCUCCUCUACAUUAUCCAUGGCCCAAUUUGUGCAGCUCUAUUGGUGAAUCUUUUCUUCCUAUUAAAUAUUGUACGUGUUCUCAUCACCAAAUUAAAAGUUACUCACCAAGCAGAAUCCAAUCUCUACAUGAAAGCUGUAAGAGCUACACUUAUCCUGGUACCAUUACUGGGCAUUGAAUUUGUGCUUAUUCCUUGGAGACCGGAAGGAAGGAUUGCAGAAGAGGUAUAUGACUACAUCAUGCACAUUCUCAUGAACUAUCAGGGUCUUUUGGUUUCUACAAUUUUCUGCUUCUUUAAUGGAGAGGUUCAAGCAAUCCUGAGAAGAAACUGGAAUCAAUACAGAAUCCAAUUUGGAAACAGCUUUUCCCACUCAGAUGCUCUUCGCAGCGCCUCUUACACAGUGUCAACAAUUAGUGAUGGUACAGCUUACAGUCAUGACUAUCCUAGUGAACACUUAAAUGGGAAAAGCAUCCAUGAUGUUGAAAAUGUUGUCUUAAAGCCAGAAAAGUUAUAUGCUUGAUAAAAGAAGAUGCACUGAUUAACAGUUUUGCCACUCCUAACUCAAAAGCUUGGAUGCAUGACUUUACAGCCGGAAGAUUUCAGUAUUAAAUGCUUUUCUUGAAUGCCAUAAUGAAAACUCAGACGAACUCAUGUAGUGUUGACAAGUGUUUAACAAUCAACUCUACAGUGAAAAAUAUAUAACUGCAAUGUUUGCCAGUUUCUGUAUAUAAAUAAUACUGCCAUGGUUGAUUUUAUGUUACCAAUGUGACAUCACUGAAUGAAGAACUGAGAUAAGAUGAUCACGAUCAAUAGCUAUGGGUCAAUAUGAGCCACUUUCAGCCAUAGCAUGAAUUCACAAAGGAGGAACACUGUAAAGAUUCAUAUGCAUAUACAUAUUGGGCAGGAUUCUACUCCUCAAGUUGCCUAGAAAGACAUAACUAGACCUGCUGACUUGGAGGGAAAAUUAGCUUGACCUUUUCCCCCCCAGAACAUACCCUAUUCCUCUUUGCAUUUGCCCUUGCAAAUGGAUGAGAUAGAGUUAAUUUGCCAGCUCAUUCUCUUCUCCCCAAGGAGGAGGGAGGGGCUUAGUAGAAUGCCUAUUAACUAGUCAUUUGCUGGUACAUCACAGAUACAGCUGGUGUUAUACCCAUUUUGGAGAUGAUGAAUAGAAUGUACAAUGUGCAAAUUUACUUUAGUAUCAUUAGGGAGACAUCUUGGCUAAUACCACAAAUAUCUUGUCAUCUGUUUUUUCAUCUUACUACAGAAAUAGGUGGAAUCAGUUUCCCUAUAUCUGUAAAUAGAAUAUCUUCCCCUUCCAUUUCUACUGCGUAGACAAAUUAGCAAUUAUUUCACAUGAAGGAAAUCAAUGAAGGAUUUCUUAUUUUCUUGGAAGCUUGUAAAAAAGUGUUGUGAAAAAAUGAGCUUGUAAAUACUGCUAUGCUAUUUUGUAGUCACAAAUCAAAUCCAUGCAAUCUAGGUAAGCUUUUUUAAAAGACAAAUACACAAUUUAACAAUGUAUGCACAUUAAUAUCUGAUACUGUGUCUGGGCCAAUUUUAUAAUGAAAUAGAGUCUGGAAUUCUAUAUUUGGUAAAUAACUUAAAGACAACCAGAUGCCAGCAUCAGAAACUUGAGAAAUAAGAGAACAGAAAUAUCUAUGAUGAGAUAUGAAAUAUUUAUUUAAAAACUCAAGGCCACUGUUUUACUGAAUAUAUUAGCUUAUGUGAUCCAUAUCUUAAUAAUAGGUAGGUGUGACAAUGAACUUGUAUUCUAUUUGAGAAAAUUUAAAUGACUCCAACUGUACUUAAUGCCUAUCAUUACCCAUAUGGCUUUUACCUUAUUGAAAACAAUACUUUUCUGACACAUAUGAAUAAAUGAUUUUGGAAAUGUUCCAGAUUUUUAAA